AUGUGGCGGAGGACGUACCUGUUCCUUGUCCUGGUCAGGCUGUGGUUUGCGCUGUCACCUAGCUAUCUGCACCCAGAUGAGAACUUCCAAGGCCCCGAGGUCAUCGCGGGCCAAAUCUUUAGCUACCCCGUUCGGCAUACAUGGGAAUUUACAAACGAACACCCCAUAAGAAGCGUCUUUCCGUUAUGGCCUGUUUACGGCCUGCCGAUGCUGCUGCUGCGAUGGCUGUGGAUUGGCAAUGGUCAGGACGGGGAGAUUCCCCCAAUCGCCGUCUUUUGGGCUCUGCGCGUCCUCAUGUUUGUCACCAGCUUCGUUUUGGAGGACUGGGCGAUCCACGAGCUCAUUAGCUCCCCACGACACCGUCGCGUUGCUGUGCUCCUAGUCGCAUCGUCUUACGUGACGUGGACCUACCAAACACACACCUUCUCGAACUCUGUAGAAUGUUUGGUCGUCGCAUGGUGCUUAGUUUUGAUCCAGCGCAUUGUCGAAAGUCCGCAACAAUCAUCACUUCUUGCUUGCACAAUACUCGGAGUCGUGGCUAUAUUCGGGUUGUUUAAUAGGAUUACAUUCCCGGCAUUCCUGCUAAUCCCGGGACUUCGUUUGAUACCCCAUUUCCUUAACAGACCCCUGUCACUCACCGUCAUGGUGUUGGCUGCACUCACAACAACACUGGUUGCCAUUUCCCUGGAUACGGCAUUUUACCUUUCUGAGCCCAUUAAGUGGGCAGACCUAAUCACUCGGCCUGUGAUCACACCACUUAACAACCUCAUGUACAACAUCGACACUGAAAACCUGGCCCAGCAUGGGUUGCACCCCUGGUACCAACACCUGCUAGUCAACAUUCCCAUGCUGGUCGGGCCGGCUGCUCUGUUGCUGUUUACCCAGCCACAUAUUUCGCUACGACUUUACUCUGCGAUCUCUGGUGUUUUUGUUCUAUCUAUCUUCCAGCAUCAAGAGGCUCGAUUCCUACUGCCAACGGUGCCGUUGAUACUCUCAUCCGUCAACGUGCCGAAGAACCGCACCCUACUCCGAGUAUGGAUAGCAUCUUGGAUUGGCUUCAACUUCUUCUUUGGUAUUCUUAUGGGAAUCUACCACCAGGGUGGUAUCGUGCCGGGACAGGUUUUCUUGAGCAAGCAGCCGGAUGCGACUCAGGCAGUUUGGUGGAAGACAUAUACCCCGCCCAUCUGGCUCCUCAAUGGCAAGAAUGAGGUCCUCACUACCCACGAUGUUAUGGGUAUGAAGGGCGAGGCUCUGCUCGAAAAACUAGACAAACUUGCGACGUGCGACACGCCGGCAGACAGGCGGAACUCGGAAUAUUUGAAGGAGAAGAACGGCACAUAUCUUGUCGCGCCGGCAUCGGCGACAUGGAUCGACCCCUAUCUUUCAAACAAGGGCCUCAAAGGUCUACGGUUUCGCGAAGUAUGGCGGUACAGGCAACACCUGAAUCUUGACGACCUCGACUUUGGCGACGACGGCGUAUGGAACACUCUCACCAGGGUAAUCGGUAGACGAGGCCUCGUCGCAUGGCGGGUGACGAAGAGCUGCAAGUAA